AUGGAAAUAUCACGUGGAUAUAACCCUCUGUUCAAGACAACUGUCAAGGGGCUGGCCAAAGUUAAAUUAGAGCCCCGCGAAAAAUUGUCAAUCGAGGAGAUACAUCGACUCAUUGCCUUUAGUGCGUUGAAGUCGAAUGAUGGCUUUUUGGACUAUAAAAUGCUCCUCUAUGAUGACGCGAUUCGAUUUGAGAAGAAUGAAGAUGAAUCCUCCUUUCCGGAGAUCCCUUUUGCUAGCAUUCUACAUUUGAUUGUACUUCCCAACUUUUCUGACGUCUGCUUCAUUCAAUUUCGACGAAGCACCUAUGGAAUGUAUGUGAUACUUCGGUUUAAAAAAGCAAACUAUAUCUCCAAGGUGGCUAAAUAUAUUUGCACCUGGAGUGAUGCAAAUGUUAGCGACACGGAAGAAAGUGUGAACUCUUCAUCGGAAACGCCUCCUCCAAAAAACAGCAAGGGUUUACAGUCGGAUAAGAAGAAAGGUAACCAACCUCCUGUGAUAGUACACCGUCUCAAUCACAUCGCGAAUGGUCAAAAGAGUAAGAAUCCCCGUCCUAGCCGUGAAAAUGCCGCAAAAAAUCAGAAAACGGAAGGCACUCAAACCAGUGUCAAGAUGUCUACUUCAAAUAAAGCUACAGGUGUAGGUCAUAGCAAUCUUAUUUACACCAAAAAGAGCUCUCCUGUUGAGGUAAAAAGAGCCACUACCGCUAUCAAGAAAAGGAAUCACUCACAACCAACACCAAAAAAGGUGGAGAAGGCUCUGCCGCAUCGAAAAAGAAAUUCUUCAGCUUCUUGGCCACGAGACGAUGAGACAUCCGAAGCCUCAGAAUUGAAAUUACACUGGAAACCAGGCAGCUAUACCAUCAUUGAGCCUACACUUAGAGAUUGGCCCCCACCGAAGAGUAUAAAAAAAAGGAAGGCGUCUAAACCACGAGCUUUUAACCAUCCAAAAGGCGUAGAACGCAGGAUUGCAAACAUAACUCCUGCUUCCAGCACAUCCUCAUUCACCACAUCGAGUACGGCUGAUUUGGUCGACAUGCAUGGCAGAGAGGUAGUAACCAUUUAUCCAUCCUAUAUGGAACCGGACAGAAUGUCCCCCACAUCUCGAUACAAUGAACGUCUACUUCAUGCGCUAUAUAAACCACGCGGCUUAUGA